UUCAUUUAUCUGGAUACUUAUUAAGUAUUAAAUAUUUAUAUUCUUUUUAUAUUUCGCAAAUAUUGUGUACCGUCUGAGACGAUGACACACGCGAAUAACGCCAGGCUUAAUUAUUAAUUACCGCAGCGAUAAUUUAUUGAAAAUGUCAGCUCGAUUCUGCAUUAUAGAUUAACCGGGUGUAUUGCUAAUUUUCACACUUGACAUAAAAUUAAUAUUGAUCUACCGUUUAUAUGAGUAUUAAUAUGCGGCCCGACAAAAGCGCCGAUUACACCGAUUUCGGAUUAUCGUUAUCGUGUCACUGUUCGCUCCGAUUUCGCAAUAAUCAUCCGAUAUCGGACGUGCAAUGAAGUUAAGCCGUCCGGAGCUUUUCGCAUUGUCCCGUCGGAUUCUGAUGAUACAAUGUGUACAUAAUAAAACAAAUUGAUAUUGUGGUAACACUCACAGAUAAAUGCGCGGCGCACUUCCAUCGCGUAACUCGCAACUUCGUUACAAUUCGCGUUAAAAUUCGCGAAAUGCAUAACGUACGUCGUGUGGAAAUUUCACAACUGAAAUGUAAAAAGGAGUAUUUUAUAAAUGCGGAAAUGUGCGUUUAUAAGAAUUAAUGGGGAUAUCGCGACAGGACAUACGCCACUGAGUAAAGAAGUAUUUAUUAUCGUCAUAAGUUUUAAUUUGCCGGUGAUCUGUCACAGUCGGUAACAUCCCGUCGCGCGGUAACGUUACGUUACUGCCUCGCGGUUUGCUGAAUAAAAUCUCGACCAACCCCUAUUGUAUUUUAUAUAAUAAGCGUUUUAACAAUACAUCUAUGUUUACAAAUAUUCUCGUCAUGGUGUACGAGUAUAGUUCAAGUUCGCAAAGUCAAAAUAGAAAAGCACGUGUCAAGCCGAGUUCCUUCGGUUCCGCGGCAAUUCUGUGAGAGCGCGGCUGCGCCGAGGAAUCUCUGUGUUUGAUGCUAGCUGGAAACGUUUAAUCGAUCAAACAAGAGGGAUUAUCAUGUUCACUGUUAGAAGAUCCGACAUCAUUUCAAGACUGUCGUGCAGUUUAUUCGAUAAAUCCACGGCUGGACGAUUCGUGUCGCAAUUCAAUCGAUGUAGCAGUUACGUUGGAGGUUAUGUUGGCCACCAUUCAACACGAUUUCUAAGGAACAAUUACAAAAAGCCGCUCCGAUUGUCCGCGCGGAGCCUCAGUUUCAGCUCUGAUUCAUCGUAUUCGAUGCAAUUGGAACUCAGCACCACACAAUACCAGAAGAUCUGUGAGGAGACUUUGGAGUCGUUAUAUGAGUAUUUCGAGGAAGUGAUCGAAGCUGUGGAUCACCUGCCGGAUGCCGAUGUAUCUUACGGAGAUGGUGUGCUGACCGUUGAAUUUGGCAAGCCAUAUGGUACUUACGUUAUAAAUCGUCAGAUCCCAAACAAGCAGAUUUGGCUGGCCUCUCCGAGAUCUGGGCCUAAGCGUUAUGAUUUUCUAAAUGGUCGAUGGAUAUACAAGCACGACGGCAAAACGAUACACGAAUUACUCAAUAACGAGAUAUCAAUGAUCGUAAGGAAUCAAGUGUACUUUGACAGGUGUUCCUACAGCGGCAAGGAGAAGCAACCUGUGAUAGAUAGUCUCUCUUCCCAGGAUUGAUAUCAACAGAGAUUUAAUUAUAACAUAGAAUACUAAUCUACUAUAUAAUACUUUAUAUAUAUACAUAAAAAAAAAAUAUAUAUAUAUGUA